GUCCGGGAUUUAUUUCUAUUCAGAUUCUGGGGUCUCUCUCUAUCCAGGGUCCGGGGCUUAUUUAUUUUCAGAUUCUGGGGUCUCUCUCCAUCCGGGGUCCGGGGUUUAUUUCUGAUGAAUUCAGAGUUUAGUCUCCGGUCCGACGCCCAAAAGGCCCCGGUCCCCGGGCUGGAUUCGGACUCACCCCGGGAACAGGACCCGGUCCCCGGGCUGGAUUCGGACUCACCCCGGGAACAGGACCCGGUCCCCGGGCUGGAUUCGGACUCACCCCGGGAACAGGACCCGGUCCCUGGGCUGGAUUCGGACUCACCCCGGGAACAGGACCCGGUCCCCGGGCUGGAUUCGGACUCACCCCGGGAACAGGACCCGGUCCCCGGGCUGGAUUCGGACUCACCCCGGGAACAGGACCCGGUCCCCGGGCUGGAUUCGGACUCACCCCGGGAACAGGACCCGGUCCCCGGGCUGGAUUCGGACUCACCCCGGGAACAGGACCCGGUCCCCGGGCUGGAUUCGGACUCACCCCGGGAACAGGACCCGGUCCCCGGGCUGGAUUCGGACUCAGCCCAGACCCAGGGCCCGGUCCCCGGGCUUCUCUAUUUCGCUUUCAUCCCCCCGGGGCUGAAGCCCAAAUAUCUGCGGCACAUGAUGUCGGAUUUCGGGGAGGUCGGGAGAGUUUUCAUCCAAGAAACAGACCAACGGCAGCAACAUCAUCAUCGUCAUGGUGAGGGCAAACCUGGACACAGGGCCAGGGGUGAAGUGAGGAAGUUAGUAAUUAUCCAGCCAAGUAAGAAACUAGAAACUGGGCUCGUCAAUGGACUCAAUGGAAAAAGGCUAACUGAGAAUAAUGGAAGCAACUCUAUAACGAAAGGUCUCCUAAGAACUGUGGCAUUUACCUUUGUGAACAACAGCAUGGUCUCCAAUAAAUAUAGAAAUUUCAAGUCCUUCCUAAAGUGUGAUCUGGCUGCAGAGUCCAGUAACCGCAGAGAUAGCAAAGGUUCAUGA